GCCCCUCAGUCCUGACUGGCGUAUAAGAGCGAGCGGCUUUGUUUGCUGUGGCUGUUGCUUGUUCUUUUGCGGGCAGCUGGCACCAAGCCACUCCGUCAGACUGCUUUCUCAGCCGCCCGGUUUGGCUGUGUUCUUCCCUUCUUCUCUUUAUCACAUUGCACCUACAUUACGCCAGGAUAACGCCUGGUCCGACGUCGACACAAUUCUCCCCAUUAUCCUGGAUGCGACGGCCUUUGGCCACCCUGCAGCAGCCCAUAUCCCAUUGAGCAUCCCUCUUUGACUCCUGUCGCUGCCCUGGCUAUCAUCCAGAAUUCCACGCCAACCCGAACGAGAAAAUAGUGGGUGCCAUGCCUCAAGAGUCAUUGCGGCGGCCACGCCAGGAGGAGGCCCGACCCGGCGGUGGUGGACGCCAAACGAGGUCCAAACGUCAACGCCAACUAGCCGAGGACGCAUUGUCCUCCAGCGCCGCGCUGACGCCUUCGCCGGACGCCGGAGUAACGCCCUGUCCUGCUGCUGUGGCCGCGCCCUCUCCGGAUGACUCGCCGGCCCCUGAUGCACCGCCGACUGCAGAUGUGCCGGCGUCCCCCGAUGCGCUACCGUGCCUCGAUUCUCCGCCGCUUCACAAUGUCACGGCGGUACCCCCCCUUGAUACCGUCCCAUCGUCUCCACCGGGCGCAGUCGUGCCCGCCACCACCUCGACGGCCCUGUUGUCCCCGGCCGCCGUGGUAGCAGCUCCCCUAACAGUCAGCGGUAACGAACCGGACACUGAGAAGGUCGCGAACAGGCAAACCUUUAGGAUCUUAGAGACCUGCUAUGGCAAUGCGAUGGAUGGCUUCCGAGCCGUGGAGGCUUGGUCGGAGCUUGAGGGCGCAAUCAUGAGCCUUGUUCGAUGCCACUUUGUCAAAGUGGUUCCCUGGGACACGCUCGACGUUAGCACUAGGGAAAAGCUUUCCAUUUGGGCACCCCACGCCGGGGACUAUCUCGAAUCCGCCUUUGAAUCGCACAGUAAGCUACGAGGCCCAUAGCCCAUCUUAUGGUCCUGCGCCAUUCACCGCGGUGUUCUGACUCCAUUCCCCUGCCUCUAGGUAUCUUCGAAGGCUGGAUAUGGCGUAUACUCGUCGACCGUGUGUUCAAAGGACACGACUGCGAGGUCUGGGAAGGUUAUGGACGACUUGUCACCAAGCUAGACCGUGAGUCGCCGCCCACCCCCUCC